UCCAGUCGGGAGCUGAGUGUUUCUUCGGAUCAUGUCUGGUGGCUCUGCGGAUUAUAACAGAGAACAUGGAGGCCCAGAGGGAAUGGACCCCGAUGGUGUCAUCGAGAGCAACUGGAAUGAGAUUGUUGAUAACUUUGAUGAUAUGAAUUUAAAGGAGUCUCUUCUUCGGGGCAUCUAUGCUUAUGGUUUUGAGAAGCCUUCAGCUAUUCAGCAGAGAGCUAUUAUUCCUUGUAUUAAAGGGUAUGAUGUGAUUGCUCAAGCUCAGUCAGGUACUGGCAAGACAGCCACAUUUGCUAUUUCCAUCCUGCAACAGUUGGAGAUUGAGUUCAAGGAGACCCAAGCACUAGUAUUGGCCCCCACCAGAGAACUGGCUCAACAGAUCCAAGAGGUAAUUCUGGCCUUUGGAGACUAUAUGGGAGCAACUUGUCAUGCCUGCAUUGGUGGAACCAAUAUUCGGAAUGAAAUGCAAAAACUGCAGGCUGAAGCACCACACAUUGUUGUUGGUACACCAGGAAGAGUGUUUGAUAUGUUAAACAGAAGAUACCUUUCUCCAAAAUGGAUCAAAAUGUUUGUUUUGGAUGAGGCAGAUGAAAUGUUGAGCCGAGGGUUUAAGGAUCAAAUCUAUGAGAUUUUCCAAAAAUUAAAUACGAGUAUUCAGGUUGUGUUGCUUUCUGCCACAAUGCCAACUGAUGUGUUGGAAGUGACCAAAAAAUUCAUGAGAGAUCCAAUUCGAAUUCUGGUGAAAAAGGAAGAAUUGACCCUUGAAGGAAUCAAACAGUUUUAUAUUAAUGUUGAAAGAGAGGAAUGGAAGUUGGAUACACUUUGUGACUUGUACGAGACCCUGACGAUUACUCAGGCUGUUAUUUUUCUUAAUACAAGGCGCAAGGUGGACUGGCUCACUGAGAAAAUGCACGCCAGGGACUUCACAGUUUCUGCUCUGCAUGGUGACAUGGACCAGAAGGAAAGAGAUGUUAUCAUGAGGGAAUUUCGAUCAGGGUCAAGCCACGUUCUGAUCACUACUGACUUGUUGACUCGUGGGAUUGAUGUGCAACAAGUGUCAUUGGUUAUAAACUAUGAUCUACCUACCAAUCGUGAAAACUAUAUUCACAGAAUUGGCAGAGGGGGUCGAUUUGGGAGGAAAGGUGUGGCUAUAAACUUUGUUACUGAAGAAGACAAGAGGAUUCUUCGUGACAUUGAGACUUUCUACAAUACUACAGUGGAGGAAAUGCCAAUGAAUGUGGCUGACCUUAUUUAAUUCCUGGGAUGAGAUAGUUUUGAAUGCAGUGCUCGCUGUUGCUGAAUAGGCGAUCACAACGUGCAUUGUGCUUCUUUCUUUGGGAAUAUUUGAAUCUUG